CGGACAGUCGCUCAGUAGCGAGUGUGAAGCUCUGUAACGCGCUCCAUGCAAAUCAAAACACGUGUGAAGCCACGCUGAGUGGAAAUUACGCGCCGGUGCGCACUAAGAGUUAGGCAGCUCCAAACGGAACAACUUCUGAUCAUUUUUCGCGUCUAAAUAGGCUACGCGAAUUUAGGAUAAACUGGACCGAAACUCGUUGUUUUUUAAAAUAUUUCCAGUAAUAACGAAAUGGAACCCAAGAUGGACGAGUAGGAAAACUUUUGUGAUCUCUUGUACGGAUUAACAAAUAUAUCUUUGUCAUGUCGGCAGAAAAUAACUCAGCCGAGCCUGAAAGUGAGGAAUGUCCGACGGAAGAUUCAUUUGGCUUUGGAGAUGAUCUGGAGUUAAAUCAGUUCGAUGGGUUGCCCUUUUCCUCGCGUUACUACAAAUUGUUAAAAGAGAGGAAGACUCUGUCAGUCUGGAAGGUCAGGUGCGAGUUUGAAGAUGUUCUGGUAAACAACCAGCUGGUUAUUGUGUCUGGGACAGCAAAGACUGGGAGGAGUACACAGAUCCCUCAGUGGUGUGCAGAGUUCUGUCUGUCUGCCCAGUACCAGCACGGUAUGGUUGUGUGCACGCAGACCAGCAGACAGCAGGCUGUAGAUCUGGCCUUACGCGUGGCUGACGAAAUGGACGUCAACAUAGGCCACGAAGUGGGUUACACCAUACCUCUGGAGACCUGUUGCUCCCCCGACACUGUUCUGAGGUACUGCACUGACGAUAUGCUGUUGAGAGAGAUGAUGUCGGACCCUUUUCUGGAACACUAUGGGGUCAUUAUCAUUGACCAGGCCCACGAGAGGACAGUUGGCACAGACAUACUGCUGGGUCUCCUCAAGGACAUCCUGUUGCAAAGGCCUGAGCUAAGAGUGGUCGUUCUCGCCAUCCCACCCAUGACUGACAAGCUGCUGAGCCACUACGGCAGCAUCCCACUGAUCAGUCUGGAGGCCUCAUCUCCUGCUGAAGUGGUCCACAGCAGCAGCAAAGACUACUUCUACUCAGCACUGAGACUGGUGCUGGAGAUCCAUCGAACUAAAGAAGAUGGAGAUGUUGUUGUGUUUUUUGCCUCAGCUGAGGAGGUUCAUUGUGCCUACAGCAUCCUCCAGAGAGAAGGCACCAGGCUGGGAGCAGAGCUUGGCCAGAUGGUGCCUGUGGUCCUGUGUCCAGCUCAAGGAGGGCAACUGGCUAACCCAAAUGAGCAACAAGACUCCCAGAGGUCCAGAAGGGUUUUCCUCUCUACCCAUAAGGGGGAGGAUAUGUGGUGGCCUACAGAGUCUGUCAACUUUGUUGUUGACACAGGAGUCCAGAGAAAGAUGGUGUACAAUCCAAGAAUAAGGGCUAACUCUGAGGUACUUCGACCCAUCAGUCAGUGUCAGGCAGACCUACGUAAGCAGCUGGUUGGACCAACAGGCAAGUGUUUCUGCUUGUAUCCAGAAGACCGCCAGCCUCCUGCAGAGACAUUCCCACAGAUCUUGGAGUCCAACAUUACCCCAACAGUCCUUUUCCUGAAAAGGGUUGAGAUUGCAGGCCUAGGACAGUGUGAUUUCAUCAACAGACCAGAUCCUGAGGGUCUCAUGCAGGCGUUGGAGGAGCUGGAUUACCUCGCAGCUUUAGAUAAUGAUGGCAACUUAUCCGAGAUUGGCAUCAUAAUGUCUGAAAUCCCUCUGGACCCUCAGAUGGCCAAAGCGCUGCUGGCAUCCUGCGAGUUUGACUGUGUGAGUGAGAUGUUGACGAUUGCGGCAAUGCUAUCGGCGCCAAGUUGCUUCCUGGAGCCACCUGCUGGCAUGAGUCACGAGGCAGUCCAGUGUCACAGAAAGUUCCAGCAUCCUGAAGGCGAUCAUUUCACCCUCAUAAACAUCUAUAAUGCCUUCAAACAAAUCCAGAAGGAACAACACUUCAAUGCUGAAAAAUGGUGCCAUGACUAUUUCUUGGAUCACUCCGCCCUCAAGACAGCUGAGGUCAUCCGGUCAGAGCUCACUGACACUCUGAACAGGAUCGAGCUUCCCAUCUCAGAGCCCUCAUUUGGAACCAAGACCAACACCCACAACAUCAAAAGAGCUCUGCUGGCUGGGUUCUUCAUGCAGAUUGCUCGAGACGUGGACGGAUCGGGAAAUUACUUCAUUUUGACGCACAAGCACGUGGCCCACGUGCACCCGCUUUCCAGCUACGGGGCUCAGUCGCACAAGCUGGGGCUCCCAGAGUGGAUCGUUUUCCAUGACUACACCCUGUCUGAGAACAAUUGCAUGAGAACGGUCUCAGAAAUUUCCCCUCAAGUGUUCAUUCAAAUGGCACCACUCUACUUCUUCUACAAUCUGCCCCCUAGUGAAAGCAAAGACAUACUGCAAGACAUGUUGGAUCCAGAUGGAUCCAGAAAACGCAAAGACGAGAAACAAAAAGCCACCACAAUCAGCAGCGGCUGUGCAGUGGCGCCGCAGACUUACGACAGAUGUGUGAUUCAGUGAUGUGAAAUCACAAAUCUGAAAAUCUGGGACGUAUUGCAAUCACCAAAUGCAUUUACGUGUAGUGUUUGUGGUCAGUGCAAACCAGGGACUGUAGUAUUAAGUUACUACAUCGCUUAAGUCGUUUCGAUGUGAAAAUGAGCAAAGAAGACUGAAUCUGUGGGCUAACAAGCCGUAAAAUAGAGUAAACCAUGAACACCUUUUUAUUAGUUGUGGUCCAUUCCAAGUUAUAACCAGUACAUUCCUUUUUUUCUAGCAUCUGAAGGAAGUUUUCUUGCAAGUAUCCUGAUGGCUGUUUAGAUCUUUAGACUUUAAUGAGCAGCAGAGGGGCGGCAGAUGGAUGUCGUCUGUUGCAGUAUUCUAUCACACCUCCUGUGCACAUAACCAAGUAAAAUGCAGAUUCAAAGACACGGUCUGACACUUUGAUGCAUGUACCACCUGCUGAAGAACUCAUUUGUCACCUGCUUCCUUUCUUAUGCAAAGCUGACCUCUUCAGACGAGUUGGUACACAUGGAAAGGUUAUGAAAUUGAAACAUUAUGUGGGAGUUUACAUGCUGCCAGAUUAAAAAAUUAAUGUCAAGCCACGGAGAUAUAAUAUAUUUAUUAUUAAUCAGUGGAAAGGUAUCUAUAGAAAUGGAUUACAAACAAAGAAACAAACCCCAUAUAAGAUUCUGCUCCUGUAUGUGUCAACAAUCCAGAUUUGUGAAAUUUAGUCUUUUAUCAAGUUACUGUAAACAAGCACAUAAGAAUGACCAGAUUUUAAUCAGUUGGCAAUUUGACUUAAUGACAAAUGACACUGGCUCCCUUCUUCAUCUGCUGAGACUGGACUGCAAGCUCAUGUAUCAGCUGUCAUAAACAUAAAAGAUUUGGUUCAUAAUCUUGUAAUAAAAGUCUUUAAAGAAGCAUGAUGUGAUGCUGUAUUUCUGUUCACCUCAUAAAACUAUAUAUUUCUGCAGUGUACCAGGAAUUUGUAAAAACUGCAUCUCUUAAACUGCUAAAAACAACAUGUAAUAAACGUCAGGUUUGCAAUACUGGCGCUGACAUUACCAAAAGAACAUUUUUUGUAGAGUCUUGUAUUGAGCCGUAUCCACGAGCCUGAAGGUCUUCAAUGUGUGCAUAGGUGACUUAGUUUAUUGUGAGGUUCACACUGUUAGAUAUUCUUUCAGUUUGUCCAUAACGACAGGCAUUCUGUCAGCUGGUAUCAGCAUCACUGUCCUGAAAGGUUUCAUGGGAACAUCAUCAAACGACCACCUGCCGCUCAAACACGAGUCUGCCUCUUCCUGGACAGAGUAGUGGAACUUGAUGAUGGCUUGCU